GUUGGGCCUGGCGGGAGUGCUGAGGGUUGCCGGUGGCUGGGCUGCUCUCCUGGGCGGUGUCCGGGGAGCUGUUGGCUGAGUCGCCCUGGGUUCCCCCCACCCUCUGAGAGGUGUCUGAGCGAGUGGGGCCCACAAGCAGGACCCUUAGGCCGGCACCAUGGGCUGCUGCUUCACUAAGAGGCGGAAGAGUGAAAAGGAGUCGCGGGCUGAGGAAGAGGAGGAGCAGCCCAAGCUAUACAGCUGGGACCAACGGGAGAAGGUUGAUCCAAAAGAUUACAUGUUUAGUGGACUGAAGGAUGAAACAGUAGGUCGCUUACCUGGAAAAGUGGCAGGACAGCAAUUUGUCAUUCAAGACUGUGAGAACUGUAACAUCUAUAUUUUUGAUCACUCAGCUACUAUUACCAUUGAUGACUGCACUAACUGUGUAAUUUUUCUGGGACCAGUGAAAGGCAGUGUUUUUUUCCGAAAUUGUAGAGAUUGCAAAUGCACAUUGGCUUGCCAACAAUUUCGUGUGAGGGACUGUAGAAAGUUGGACGUCUUUUUGUGCUGUGCUACUCAACCCAUUAUUGAAUCUUCCACAAACAUCAAGUUUGGCUGUUUUCAAUGGUACUACCCUGAAUUAGCAGCCCAAUUCAAAGAUGCAGGCCUCAGUAUCUUCAAUAACAUAUGGAGUCAUAUUCAUGAUUUUACACCUGUGUCAGGAGAGCUCAACUGGAGCCUUCUCCCAGAAAAUGCUGUGGUUCAAGACUAUGUUCCUAUUCCAGCAACUGAAGAAUUCAAAGCUGUGCGAAUUUCCACAGAAGCCAAUAGAAGCAUUGUUCCUGUAUCUCGGGGUCAGAGACAGAAGUACAGUGAUGAAUCAUGUCUUGUGGUAUUAUUUGCUGAUGAUUAUACAACUGCAAAUGCCAGGAAACUAAUUGAUGAGAUGGUUGGUAAAGGCUUUUCCCUAGUGCAGACAAAGGAAAUGUCAAUGAAAACUGAAGACGCUCAAAGGGUUUUCCAGGAAAAGGCAUCAGACUUUUUACUUCUUCUAAACAAAGGUCCUGUGAUUGCCUUGGAAUUUAAUGGAGAUGGUGCUAUACAAGAAUGUCACCUUAUUGUAAAUGGGAUAUUCAACGGGAUAAAGAUGUUUGUAUCAGAAAAAAAGGAGACCGCAUCUGGAGAUGUUGACAGCUUCUAUAACUUUGCAGAGAUCCAGAUGGGGAUAUGAAGCAGAUUGUGGUAUUAAGCCCAUUUCAACCUUUAUAUAUAGACAGUUUGAUAAAUGCUUAUAUAUGUUAGUCAUUUAGCAAUUAGUAAUUUUUACUAAUGCUAAAAUUCUUAAAGGCUAUUUUUAAAUAACUUUGAAUACCAUCAUUUACUUGAAGUAUCUAAAGUAGUUCAUUUAAAUUGAGUAGUUUUAAUCAUCUUAUAAAUUAUUUAACCUGCUUCAAUAAGCUUGCAGUUUUAUUUCUUUUUAUACAGUAAUCUUAUUAGGAAAUGUUCAUGAUUUUAUUCCUAAUUAAAAGUUCUUUCAUAUCUCUGGUAAUUUCAACUUUCCAACUUUCCUUAGUGCUCUAUGAUAAUUCAUUUAAGAAUAUAUUUUGUUUCUUAUUUUCUCUUUUAAUUUAGAGGAAUUUGUUACUAGGUGAAAUUAAAUAAACCUAUAUACUUUUUUAAAAAAAUACAUACAUGGCCAGUUAAAUAAUCAUUUCAUUCUUGCAUUAUAUGACUAAUGAGAUUUUGUACGUGGAGUUGAUAUACUAUUUUGUAAAUUGGGAGUUUCUUUUUUUUAAAAAUGGGUAUUUGAAAGCUGAGUGUGGUCGUGGCAUCUGUAGUCCCAGGCUACUUGGGAUGCCUAAGUGGAAGAAUCACGAGUUCAGGAGUUCAAGAACAGCCUUGGCAAGCAAGACUCUUUUAGAAAGAAAAAACUAAGAUAAUCAGCUUUGUAAAUACUUCUAACUGAUCCUGGCAUUGCUGUUUUAAGGAUGACUUCCAAAGUAGUAUGGCUGAUUUUUAAGUACAACUGUCAGAUGAUUCUUCUGUUUUCUAAUAAGAAAAAGUAUAUACAACAUAAAACUGUAGAAUACCAAUCACCAGCAGAUUUGACAGAGGUGAUCACUGUCUUUGACUAGCUGUUGUGACUAGCAAGAGACCUAGAACAAAACUUAUGAUUUUUAGGUAAGGAACACUUAGGUAUGAUGAUAAUCUAGACAGGUAAUUCAAAAUUUCUACCCAUUUUUUUUACUCAUGUCAACUAAUGUUAAAGUAUGAUAAAAAUUUUGGUUACUUGAAAUCAUUAUUUCUCAAAUCCAUUUGAUAAUAGUAAU